AUGAAUUCAUUUGAAAAUAGUAGUCAUUCUGCUGCUGGUGCUAACUCACAAGUACCAAAAGCUCCAAAAACUCUUUAUUGUUAUGGUUGUCAAAAAGAUAAGCAGAUUCAAUCAUUUUCCAAAACACAGAUUACUAAAGUCAUGUCAAACAUACAUAAUCCCUAUGCACCUCGUGGUAAAACAAUUAAAAAACAUCAUACAAUGUGUAAACAAUGUACUCCUCAACAAAAUGAAAAUUUGACUUGUAUGGUUUGUACACGUGAAAAGCCUUUAAGUCAAUUUGCAAAAGCCCAAAGAAAAAACGCUGAAAAAGCUCGAUGCAUUAAAUGUGUUGACAAACAUAAAGACGAAGAUAUUGAUGACAGUGAACCCUCUGAAAGUGACCCCGAGGUUGAACAAAAUGAAACUUGGGAUGACAUUUUGUAA